AUGUAUUUCAAAACUUUCAGAAGAAUUCAUGAGACUUCAUUAGACUUCNCGCUCUCUUUAGCUGAUCGUUAUUCAGCUAGAGUUCGCGCUGCAUUUAAUCUCGAAUGGAAUCUUCCUCAAGAUUAUAGAAAUAUUAAUGCUUAUGAUAGAUGCAUUGCCAUACCUCCUAAAAUUCCUUACUACAAAGAGCCAAAUCAGGAUGCUAUAUUUUCAUCCAGGUUACCCAAUCAACGAAUUCCUCAACCUGAAUAUACUUCACUUUUAUCAUUGUUGAUUGCUGCUGGUCGUAAUGAUAUCAACAUUGGUCAAUAUAAUAUUAUAAGCGAAAGAAAUUCAUUGAGAAAAAUUGCAAUGAACAACGAAAAUUAUGUAGUAGGUGUGCAAAAGUUUGCUUCAACAUUAUUUCUAAGACGUUAUGAUCGUCGAAUCGUUGGUAUGAAUGAUUUUGGACAUCGAUUUGAACAAAUGUGUACACCUGAUUAUCAUCUCAAAGCUAAUUACUAUCAAUUGAUCGAAGGACGUUUUGGCAACCUCACAAUGUUAAUAAAAGCUGAAACCGAUGCGAUCUGUAAAAGAAAUGAAGAAGCAAUUGAGCUCAAAUGUCGAUCAAAUUCAGAUAUUCAAAAGGACGUUAAACGUCAAUAUUGGUUGCAAGCAUUUCUUGGUGGAGUAACAACGAUUGUUGUUGGUCAUCGUUCAAAUGAUCGACCGCUACGGCUUAUUGGAAAUGUUCAAAAUCAUAUAGUUGUGGACAUGAUUGACAAUGAAGAGAAAAAUAAAAUUCUAAAUCGAUUAUAUCAAAUUCUUCAUUUUCUUUCGGCUCAAGUUUUGGAAAUGAGCAAUAUUCCAUGUUAUUCGAAAUUCUACUGUGAUUGUGCUGAUCUUGAAGAAAAGAACGAAAAUGUUACUCAACGAUUACCUAAUCCAUUAUUAUUUGACUCAACUACCACUCCUGCAACAUGA